AUGGUCAUCUUUUACCGGUCAGAUGCCGUCACACCGCCGGCCACCAUCUACAUGGGCAAAGACAAGUUUGAAAACGAGGACCUCCUCCGCUACGGCCUCGAACGCGACGUCUGGUUCCACGUAGACAAACUCUCCUCGGCCCACGUCUACCUUCGCCUGCCCGACUCGGUCACCGACUGGGAGUCCAUACCCGAACCUCUCCUCGUAGACUGCUCACAGCUCGUAAAGGCGAACUCGAUACAGGGCAACAAGAAGAACAACCUCACCAUCAUCUACACGCCCUGGAGCAACGUAAAGAAAACCGGCGACAUGGCCACGGGCAGCGUCGUCUUCCACAACGACCGCAAGGUGCGCCGCUUCCACGUAAAGGAGCGCGACACGACCAUCCUCAACCGCCUCGCAAAGACAAAGGUCGAGCGCGACGUCGAUCACGAGGCCGAACGGCAGCAGAGGCUCAAGGACGAAGGCAGGGAAAAGAAGAAAAAGGCCAUCGAAGAGAAAGCAGCCGCAAACGAGCUUACCAGGCAACGGCAAAAGGAAGCAGAGGAGAGGGACUACAGCCGGCUCUUUUCCGAAGAGGCCAUGGCCGAAUCCAGACGCAAGGCUGGCAAGCGGUCGCCCAAGGCCGACGAGGGGGCGGACGACGACGGGUUGGAGAGCGACGACUCGUUCAUGUAG